AUGAUGACGAAGCGAUAUGCAUCCGUGACGUCGAGAAUCGAGAAGCGAAAACGAUUUGCGAUACGGAUACCCGUGUCUGAUCAACGUGGUGGAUCGUCUGCAAGUCCAUAUGGCGCAGACUGCUGUAUCAAGAUCUUCGACUCGAACAGCGCUAAGAUCGACUCCGAACCAUUCAACGGCGAUCGGAGUAUUGGAGACACCACAAAGGCAGUGACCGAGAACUUUGCGCUAUGUGCUCGCAUUUUCUUGUUCACGAAAGGAGUAAAAGCAAAAUGUGAUGGUAGUGAUUUGCGAGGCCUGAGCGACGCGGGCGGGUCAGGGCGCCGACGAAUGUUCAUCAAGAAGGCACGGGCGGAGGAGGCUAACUCGGCGGGCACUGGACCGGAUGGAGGCGGCGGGGCAUCGAACAAAAGGCGCUGUGAGGUGACAGGAAGGCUGUUGGAUAAUUUUGUGAACGCGAAUGAACGACUUCCAGCUCACGAGCUGCCUCACGGUGAAACAAGUGCGACCCGAUGGACAUGGGAGGGAAUCGCCGGACAUUAUACCGGUCGGAUGCGCGCACGACAAUUGAGCGAUACCCCAAAUGAGGCUAGCAAAUGUUGCUCAUAUAUGACCUCCGCGGGCGCGUCUGGUCUGUACAUUCCUCCCGACUGCUGCCCGCGUCUGCUCCUCCUUCCUCCUCGUCCUUUUUCCGCCUGCGAUAUGGCAUUCUCAAACUAUUCAAACUUGUUUAGAUGCGGUUUACUGUCUGAGGGCUCCUCGCCGUCGUGCACCUCCACCCCUUGGGCAACAGAGUAUUAUGGUCCACGCCGUGGCAGCCUGCCUCCUAUGGAUGAACUUCCCGAACUGUCCGACUAUCCUGUUGGCUUACAGCCAGCUCCAAGCUCGUCUGGUCACGAAACUUUGGAGUCAUUAUUAUCGACCGACGAACCUAUUUACUUCACUUUCAAAAAGAAGCGCAAUCAUGCAGAGCACCGCUCUUUCCUCUCACUUGAUCUCGCAGAGUCCCAGUCAUUGCGGUCCGUUAGUCUGAAGGGAAAAGAAAGCGUACUCUUUCCUUCAAACGACCGUAGGCGGCAGGCGAGCUCAUCUGCGUUCUCACCAACCUUUAACCAUUCGUUUAUUCCUAUGUUCUCUCCACCUGCUCCUGCCUCGCCUCCAGGUAGCCCAAUAUCAGCGAACAGCCUCCCAGACCCACAUCGGUCACUAUUACCGGAACCGUCUUCUAGCACACAGCGGCUACCUACGACCAUUCAUGCCCCGUCUCCACGCUACGCAAGCUUUGCAUUCCCCAGUUCUCCAACUACUCUUCGGAGGGAGUUGUCGCCUAUGCGCUUUGCCGAUCCGUCUCCGCCGCUCCUUCAUUCCGGCCCUGUAGAGAUCGACGCAACUUCGGACAAAUCGAUCAUGUCCGCCGACGUGCUUAGCCGAUCGUCAACUGUCUCGACGAGAUACAGGAGAGCCCAGCGUUCGGAUGCUCUGAAACGACUAGAGGGUCGAGGUGCAGAUGGUGCGGUUGGGAGGUUGAAGCCUCGGCUUUCGCAGAACUUUAUGAGCCUUUCAGAUGAUGAGGAUGAAGAGGCGGAGACUCUGUCUGGAGGAAGGAGCAUGAAUGUUAUUGUCGAAGAUUUAUCGGAGAGCAACGAAGAUCAGUCGCCUCUUUCGAGCGGAAGCCAGGCCUCAGACAAUCGUGGCCUUUCUGUGUCUAUCAACGGACAGCCAUGGUAUCACUUGACACCUCGUCAGAAUGCAUGGGGCGUGCUUUUCGGGGGAGAAGUGGAUGGAGAUAUCGACACAGAGGUCGACAAAAUCUUUGGAUUGGACUUGCUACCCAAUCCUUCCUUACUCCAGCCAGAUUCACCUCAGUCAGAUGACAGUUGCGCCUCGCGCAAGCCGAAGCGAUCAAAGCGUUCAUACAGCCCUCGAAUUUCGAAAGAAUCUUUCGAAACGUACUCCUUCCCAAAACGAACCUCGACGCACCCUCCUGCUCACCUCCAUCCUCUUGAUGCCCCGGCAUCUUCUUCCUCAGUAUCAUCUUCCACAAAACCAUCUUCUCGCGAUCAUCGUCCAUCCAAAACAGCUGCAACUUCUCUUGGUGUGUCGAACUUAAACGCACGUGUCCGGCCUCGCACUGUCUCCGACUUCGGGAGCAGUAACCCGCAUACACUCGUACAGGAAGCUCGUACACGACGGCCCUCGCAGAAGCGUAAACCCCGGCUCGAAGUGCAUAUUGAUUGGCAUCCAACUGAAGAGCCAAGCUUCAUUGAUAUGCGCGACGAAAGCCUAGAGACAGAGAGCCGAUCUGAUAGUUGGCACAGUUUGUUUGAAGUGACCUGUGCGGCGUAAUUUUGUCUUGUUUCAUUAUUUUUGUCUUUCCGUGAUACAUUGCUUUGGUGCGUUGCCAUCCUUUCUUAGCACUAUAUUACACUCUUUUGCCUUAUGAUACACGCAUAAUUCUUUAUUCGCCUAUAUGGCAAUCACGUCUCAUGUCCGUCUUGUAAUUGGUACCUCUAGUGUUGGAAUGGGUCUUCCUAGUUUGCUAUUUGCACUCUCCGACAUCUUUAUUGUGUAUUUUCCUUGCCUUCUGUUCAUGUAGAUUCUGCAGCCCACAUUGUACAAUACAUUCUCGCAAUUUAUGUAUGCUCAUUAACUAACGACUGCU